CUCACUCACUCAAUGUUCGUUUGUGAACAGCUGCCGUGCACGUUUGUGUCUUCACUUUGCAGAAUCAACAACUUAAAUAUGAUGUCAAUUAAUUUGUACAACGAUAUUAUAAAAACUAUUCAAAACAACAAUAUAAGAGAUUGUCAAGAGGUGCUGGAAGGGAAAUAUCCAACAGUUCCAUUUAUGACGUUGGGAAGUCUAUUGUCCAACUAUGUGCAGCGUAGGAUGAAGGCGACACAUUCGAAACACAACACCCCGGAAAAUAUCGAUUUGUAUUACAAACGGUUUCAGCAAGCCGUGGCUGCGAGGGAGGAAUCGGGAAUUAUAUUGCGAUUAUCAGACGAGAUUGGGAUCACUCCUGUACUCACUGCUAGAUUCAUUUUAGAAGGUUAUCUACGCCAACUACAAGCUCAGUAUGAUAAGCAACAGAAUGAAGUCGGCAGUGCAGGCGAGGCUGAGCAAGUAGCUGAUGCAAUGGGAGAUUUUCAUAAGAAGAAAAUAUUUUACAAUUUUGGAAACAUGCGAACUGAAAUUACCAGAUUGUUAAGAAAUUCUAAUCUGAUUGAAGAUCAACAUGUCGCAUAUGAAGUCUAUUUGUGCUUAGUACACGAUAAUCACUACGGACCUUGUCCUGACAUUAUCAAGAGGACAGUUGGCUCUGAAUAUGAAAUGAUACUCAUGAAGCAACUUGACGAAAAGAAAAUUUCAUACCUUGACGAGAAGCAAUUGAGACUACUGGGAUACGAUAAGACUCCUGACUUCAAAUUGGACAUUCCCAUCGGAAUUGAAGGUCGAGUAGUCAACUGGAUAGAAAGCAAGGCAACGUUUGGUGACGAAGUGACGCAUCAAACGUAUCUUAAUGAACAGCUUACAUGUUAUUUUAAUAGAUUUGGACCUGGUUUGGUUAUUUACUGGCUUGGCCAUGUAGAAACUUUGGAAUCAAGAACACCAAAGGGCAUCUUUAUCAGUGACCAUUUACCUGCAACCAUUACCAAAAUGAAUCCCUCACUUGUGGUAUCAUUUCGCUUGGAGUCGUCGUCGUCGCCAAACUCAAAUAGUAAAUCUAAAAGCUAGUUCAAUCAAUGUGUAGUAAAUAAUGUUUUUAUAAUCGCAUUUAAAAUCUUAAAAAAAAUUAAGCUCUUAUAGCUAGUAACCUAGUAACCUAUUUUUGAAUUAAAACAAAGAAGUUCAUGUUGGUUAAGUUUGAAUAAAACGGCUCGUUUAUUUUAAAUGUA